CGCACUCUCAUCAGUCUGAGGACGAGGUGACUACCGAGAACCAAAUAAAAAAAAAGAUUAAAAUCCCAUUACUGUGACAUUCUCGCACUGUGAUUACUUACUGAUUACAAAAUAAACGAAGAAAAGCUUCACACCAUAAAAUAUUUACCGAUCUCCACAUCUACUUUCCUCUGAACAAUGAGAAGGUACGAUUCUUUUUCUCGGAAAAUCUCUCUUUCCACUGGAAACAAACGGAGGCUAGGGCACCACAGGCAGCAUGGGAAGCAAGGAGCGGGAGGAGUGAAGGGAAUGCUGGCCAAACUAUCGAUUGCUGUUAUUGUUCUCUUGAUCUGCACGCUCUCCUUGCUGUUUUCGACUACGAUUAGUGGAAGUAGCGGAUCAAGUGGUCCGUCAGAGAUCAAUGUUGAAGAACUUUGGGAAAGUGCUAAUUCAGAUGGCUGGAGGCCAUCAUCUGCUCCAAGAUCUGAUUGGUCACCUCCUCCAAAAGAGAGCAAUGGGUAUCUACGUGUUCGUUGUAAUGGUGGUUUGAAUCAGCAACGGAGUGCAAUUUGUAAUGCGGUUCUUGCUGCUAGAAUCAUGAAUGCUACGCUUGUGCUGCCUGACUUGGAUGCUAAUUCUUUCUGGCAUGAUGACAGUGGCUUCCAUGGAAUUUAUGAUGUUGAGCAUUUUAUCCGCUCACUGAGAUAUGAUGUACGUAUUGUUGAAAGCAUACCAGAAAUUCGUAAAAAUGGGAAAAUGAAGAAGAUAAAGGCUUUUCAGUUGCGGCCCCCUAGAGAUGCUCCUAUUGAUUGGUAUACAACUGUUGCACUGGAGAAGAUGAAGCAACAUGGAGCAAUUUAUCUGACUCCCUUUUCACAUCGUUUGGCUGAAGAAAUUGACAAUCCUGAGUACCAGCGACUGAGGUGCAGGGUUAACUACCAUGCCCUAAGAUUUAAGCCGCAUAUUAUGAAGCUAAGUGAGUCAAUAGUUGAUAAAUUGCGUGCACAAGGUCACUUCAUGGCGAUACACCUUCGUUUUGAGAAGGACAUGCUGGCAUUUGCUGGAUGUUUUGACAUAUUUAACCCUGCAGAGCAAAAAAUAUUGAAGAAGUAUCGCAAGGAAAACUUUGCUGAGAAAAGACUUGUUUAUAGUGAAAGGCGGGCCAUUGGAAAAUGCCCCUUGACCCCAGAAGAGGUUGGUCUUAUCUUACGUGCAAUGGGGUUUGACAACUCCUCCAGAAUAUAUCUAGCAGCUGGUGAACUUUUUGGUGGAGAAAGAUUUAUGAAACCUUUUAGAGCCCUGUUCCCUCGACUUGAAAAUCACAGUUCUGUGGAUCCAACUGAGGAGCUAGCCACAAACACACGUGGAUUGUUAGGAUCGGCUGUGGAUUAUAUGGUCUGUCUCCUUGCUGACAUUUUUAUGCCUACAUAUGACGGACCGAGCAAUUUUGCUAACAAUCUCCUAGGUCACCGCCUCUAUUAUGGCUUCCGGACUACUAUUAGACCUGACAGGAAAGGUCUUGCCCCAAUUUUUAUUGAUCGAGAGAAUGGACGCACAGCAGGUUUUGAAGAAGCUGUUAGGCAUGUCAUGCUGAAAACAAACUUUGGCGGUCCUCACAAGCGAGUCUCACCUGAAUCAUUUUAUACAAAUUCUUGGCCUGAAUGUUUCUGCCAAAUAGAUGCUCAGAAUCCUGCUGAUAAAUGCCCACCGGAGAAUGUCAUGCAAAUUUUAGAUAGCAAGUUAGAGAGUGAGGUGAACAGUGAAUCAGAAUCCUUGAAAAAAUCAAAUUCAACAGAAUCUGAAAGAUAAAUGCAUGAGCUUUUAGUAGUUUGUUCUGUCUCCUCGGGAAUGAAAGGCUAUAUAUGCCAAAUUGGAGGAAGGGGUCCUUGCAACUAUCUUCAGCCUCUCAGGUGGAUUUUGAAUCUCAUAAUUGUAUAAUCUGUGAUGUUGAAGUGUCAGACAUAACUUCAAAGUGUUCACAGUGAUUCUUUAGAGUGCAUUAUAGUUUCAUAUCUAGCAUUGUGGGUGGCAUUAAAGAUGAUAUAGGUUCAGAUAAGAAAGUGAAGAGUAAGAGUCGAAAAACUUGCUAGACUAGAGUAGCUAGUAUGCCAUUGAAAGGACUAAAUUAUCCAGAAAGUCAGAUUCAUGACAGAUGUUCAGGAUAUUCGAAGGAAGAAUUGGCAGUUUGAACUUAGGAGCUGAUAUUUUGGUGUUUGGCAGACUGCAAGAUAAUUUCUCAUGGAGCAUAAUAUUAUUAGAAAGAAUACUGAAUACUGAUAGUGCAAUUCACAGGGAAUUCAAAUUUUUAUGCUACUUAUUUCAAUAGUUUGAAAUGUCAUCUCCUUUUAGCUUUUAGUUGGAUUGUUAAGGUUCUCAUUUUGAUCUUAUUGACAUCAUUCGAAACGAUUCAUUUAAAUGAAUUCUUACACAAAUAUACAUAGUUUUACUUUUUUUA